AUGACGGCUGACGAGGAAUUCGAGAAGUUUGUUCGUGACUUUCAGGAGUCCGAAGAGAGAAACGCAAAGAUCUUGGAGCAGUACUAUGCAGGAGGAUUGAACUAUCAUUACUACCCUUUUGAAGCUUCCGGGCAUUAUGCUGCCGCAGCCUAUCAGCCAUACUACACUUCUUCCGCUACGUACCCAUAUGGCAGUUACUGGUACCCGCUGCAACCGGCUUGGCAUUAUCCCCAACCUCAUUAUGCCAUGUUUCCACCGGCUCCUGCGGGCGAGGACAUGGUCGGGAAAGGAAUUGCGGCUGCCCAAAAGGCGAUUUCGUCUCUGAGAAUCAAUGCCGAUGGAGGGGACGCGAAAACGGAAACGGGCGAGGGCGAGGAAGAGGAGAUGACGACGGGGUCCGCGACGGAGUUGCACGAGGUCUUGAACGCAUGGUACACGGCCGGCCUCUACACGGGAAAGUACCUCACGGAGCAAGCAUCCUUGAAGAACGCAAAUUAGGAGCUUUCUUUCUUUAUUUCUUCCUCUUUUUUUUUUUGGGUUUAAUUUUUUUAUUUUUGGUUUUAGAAAUAUAAUAAAUUAUCCCCCCCUUUUCUAAACAAUCUUAGUGUUCCAUUUA